UCCGUUCGUUGUCUCGGGUCUCGGCAGUCCUCCGUAAAAAAGCAAGCUCGACGGUCAACAGUGCUACCUGCCAGUGUGAAAAGUGCCAGUUAAAAUCCAAAAUGGGUGACGAAGAAUAUCAAGUUUUUACCAGGAUGGAAGACAUCACGGAGCAAGACGACAAGCAUCUAGCAGGAGCUAGGAAGGAAAUAAGGAACGAAUUAACUGUUAUAAUCCCUGAAAAUCCGUUCCCAGAAAUAGAAGUUGACGCUUAUCCACCUCUAAAAUUCUCCUGGGUUAUACCGAAAAAGCUGGCAGCCAUGGCCUUCCCGAGAAACCCAGAAAACAUAAAGUAUUUGACUAAUCAAGGUAUAACGCACCUGGUAACACUGACGGCGGGGAAGAAACCCCCGGUGGAUGUGGAAGAGUUUUCACGAUGGACAGAAAUACCGGUGGAGGAAUUCGAGGUGCCCUCACUGGAUCAGAUCAAGAAGUUCAUCGACGUUUGCAAAAGGGCUGAUAAAAAUGGCGAGGUGAUGGGCGUGCACUGCCGACAAGGCCGCAGCCGCUCGGGCGUCAUGCUGGCCGCCUACCUGGUGCACUUCCACCGGUUCCAGCCCGACCAGGCGCUCAACACCAUCCGGAUGAUCCGCCCAGGCUCCUGCGACUUGGCGGAGCACGAAGAGGCGGUGGGCCAGUACUUCACGUACCUGACGGAGGACAACCCGCUGAGGUUCGGCGUGUCCGGCGAGGUCAUGGAGGACUUCAUACAAGCCGCUAAAGAUUACAACAAGAAUAACAUCCAAUAAGUGGUUUUUGCUAAAGAUAUUAACAGUUAGUGGUUGUAAAGUCGAGGCGUCGUGAUCUCUCAUCUAAACAACCCCUUACUAGCUUCUUUACUAUUCGGGUUGGAUGAAAGCUUCGGAAAAUAAGUACCACAUAACAAGUAUGGGAAGGCACAAAGGAGCUAAUGUUUUUAGCGGUGUAUUGUAAGAGAAAACGUGAAUACACCAUACACCUUACACACCACGCUUGAUUCGAAACCAUUGAACGUAUGAAUUUCGUAUUGAGCGAGUUGUGUAAGUACGUGAUUAAUUUAAUGUAAGUGUAAGCCUGUGAUCUAAGAUAACGACUGAUUUGAUUGAUUGUUUGUGAAUGUUAUUUGUUGUACCUGAAACUUAACAUUAAAUCGUUAUAACCAA